UUGCCGUGCUCUACGGUAGUUGAUUCAGUCAGUCACUCACACCGUCUCCGGGGCUCUCACGUCGUCUUUGUGAAGUGGAGGCAGCGAGACAGAGGAGCACCGUAAACACGAGGUUUGGAGAAACAAUACGCGGAUCCGCCGCGGAGGUCCGAGCGCAAAAUCACCGCUUAAGGAGGGGGGUCAGUGAAGGACUGUGCGUGAGGAAUACAUGAAGGGCGGGGUGGGGGAGGGGGCGGCCACCACCACAGCGGCAGUACCACCAAGGUCAAAGUUCACACAGACUCGCUCUGUGAUUGAUGAGGAUUAAGGAACGGAUUUUGCCUAAUAGGAAACACAGGAGCGUCCUCAUCCACAACUGGGAUUAUAGGUGGUGCUGGGAGGAGGAGGGGAGGUGGCAGAUUAGCGGCGGCCGUCCGGUAGAGUACAGAACUUUUUAAUGGCGUCCCGGUAGAGACAUCAAGAUGAACACGUUACCAUCAAUGGACCGGCACAUCCAGCAGACCAAUGACAGGCUGCAGUGCAUCAAACAGCACUUACAGAACCCGGCCAACUUCCACUCAGCGGCCACAGAGCUGCUCGACUGGUGUGGAGAUCCCCGGGCCUUCCAGCGACCUUUCGAGCAAAGUCUCAUGGGAUGUCUGACGGUGGUGAGUCGUGUCGCUGCUCAGCAGGGCUUUGACCUGGACCUGGGCUACAGGUUGCUGGCUGUGUGUGCUGCCAACAGGGACAAAUUCACCCCCAAGUCUGCAGCCCUGCUGUCGUCGUGGUGCGAGGAGCUGGGUCGUCUCCUCCUGCUGCGUCACCAGAAGAGCCGGCAGAACGAACCGCAGGGAAAAGUCCCCAUGCAGCCCAGCAUGAACAGCAUGAAGCCCGGCCUCACACACAGUGAUGGAUCCUUUCCCUAUGACUCUGUCCCCUGGCAACAAAACACCAACCAGCCCCCUGGGUCAUUGUCUGUGGUCACAACAGUGUGGGGUGUGACCAACACGUCACAGAGUCAGGUGCUAGGUAACCCAAUGGCAAAUAGCAAUAACCCCAUGAACCCUGGAGGUAACCCCAUGGGAUCGGGUCUGUCUGCCAGUGCUGCAGGGCUCAACUCACCCCAGUUCAGUGCUCAGCAGCAACAGUUUCCAAACAAAGGAGGCUCCAACCAACCGUACAUGCAGCAGGGCAUGUACGGCAGGCCUGGCUACCCCGGAGGUCCUGGGGGAUACAGCGGGAGCUACUCUGGAGGCCCAAAUCCUCCUCCAGGAGGUAUGGGAUUGACCUCCCACACACGUCCUCCCGGUGACUUCACUCAGCCAGCCGCCGCCGCUGCAGCUGCUGCUGUCGCCGCUGCUGCUGCUACGGCAACAGCCACAGCGACAGCCACGGUGGCAGCUCUGCAGGAAACCCAGAAUAAAGACAUGAACCAAUAUGGACAGAUGUGUUCGUCGUUCCAAAUGGGCCCUGCGCAGGCCUACAACAGCCAGUUCAUGAACCAGCCAGGCCCACGAGGCCCCCCUGGAGGUAUGAAUCCAGCCAGCAUGGGAUCAGCCAUGAACAACCCCAACAUGAGUGGGCCUCCCAUGGGCAUGAACCAGGCUCGGACCCCAGGCAUGGUACCUUUCGGAGCUCACGGCCAAAGGAUGCCUCAGCAAGGGUAUCCCGGAGGACCUCGACAGGGCAUGCCCAUGCAGGGGAUGAAGAGGCCAUAUCCUGGGGAAGGGAGUUACGGGGGUCAGCAGUACGGGCCAAACAGCCAGUUCCCACCCCAGCAGGGCCAGUACCCCUCAUCAAACGCCUCCAGGCCGCUGCCAUCUCCAAACUACCCCGGCCAGAGGAUGCCAGGGCAGCAGGGCCAAGGACAGUACCCACCUGGCAUGCCCAUGGGCCAGUACUACAAGCAAGAGCCCUUUAAUGGUCAGAGCACCAACUUCUCUGGAGGCGGAUACUCCUACGGCCAAGGCAACGGGCCCCCGAGGCCUGGAAACUACCCCCACUCCCCAGUCCCUGGAAACCCCACACCCCCUAUGACCCCAGGAAGUAGUAUUCCUCCGUACCUGUCGCCAAACCAGGAUGUGAAGCCCCCGUUUCCACCCGACAUGAAACCAAAUAUGACAGCACUUCCGCCCCCUCCGACUAACCCCAAUGAGGAGCUGCGGCUGACGUUCCCAGUCAGGGACGGAGUGGUGCUGGAGCCGUUCCGCUUGGAGCACAACCUGGCUGUCAGUAACCACGUCUUCCACCUCCGACCCUCCGUCCACCAGACACUCAUGUGGAGGUCAGACCUUGAGCUCCAGUUUAAGUGCUACCACCAUGAAGACAGGCAGAUGAACACCAACUGGCCCGCCUCCGUCCAGGUCAGCGUCAACGCCACGCCCCUCACCAUCGAAAGGGGAGACAACAAAACCUCCCACAAACCCCUGCACCUGAAGCACGUAUGCCAACCUGGAAGAAACACCAUCCAGAUUACAGUCACCGCCUGCUGUUGUUCCCACCUGUUUGUGCUGCAGCUGGUCCACAGGCCAUCUGUGCGAUCCGUCCUCCAGGGGCUCCUGAAGAAGAGACUCCUUCCUGCAGAACACUGCAUCACCAAGGUUAAGAGGAACUUCAGCAGCGUGGCAGCCUCGGCGGGCAGCACCACUCUCAAUGGGGAAGACGGUGUGGAGCAGACGGCCAUUAAAGUGUCGCUGAAAUGUCCCAUUACCUUCCGACGCAUCCAGCUACCCGCACGAGGGCACGACUGCAAACAUGUCCAGUGCUUCGAUCUGGAGUCCUACUUGCAGCUCAACUGUGAGAGGGGGACAUGGAGGUGUCCUGUGUGCAAUAAAACUGCAUUAUUAGAAGGUCUGGAGGUGGACCAGUACAUGUGGGGAAUCCUCAAUGCCAUCCAAAAUUCAGAGUUUGAGGAGGUCACUAUAGACCCUACAUGUAGCUGGCGACCAGUCCCCAUCAAGUCUGAGCUACACAUCAAAGAGGACCCUGACGGGCCACUUGCCAAGCGCUUUAAGACCAUGAGCCCCAGUCAGAUGACCAUGCCCAAUGUGAUGGAGAUGAUCGCCCAGCUAGGGCCUGGCCCAGGACCUGGACCUGGCCCCGGACUAGGACCCAGCCCCUACCCACCACACCCUAAUCAACAUCCUAGUGGCAACGGGGGAGAUUACCCUGGAGCAGGCAACACUUACCACAGCCAAGGGAACUUUGACUUCCCUCAUGGGAACCCCUCUGGUGGUGGAGUCGGAGGAGGUGGAGGAGGUCCCCCAAUGAAUGACUUCAUCCAUGGCCCACAGCUCUCCCACCCCCCAGAUGGACCUGGUGGUCUCCUCUCCCAGGACAAGCCCCUGACCCACGGCAUGAAUGAUGCAAUGUCCCAUCCCGAUCAGUCCCAUAACUCCAUGCAGCAGAGCUUGCAUGCGUCUCCCCACCCCGGCAGCCAAUCAGGGCCGCCCUUACAUCACAGUGGCCAGUCAGGGCAGCCCUUGCAUCACAGCGGGCAACCAUCGCAGCCGCCUCGCCAGUCGCAGCCGCAGCCUCAGCAACAGCCUCAGCCGCAGCCUCAGCAACCUGGGCAGAACAGUCACCCCCACAGCGAUCUGAACUUUAACCCCUCCUCAGAUGGGCAGAUGGGUCAGGGAGCCCAGGAUAUGCCUGAACCCUCCCUGGAUCUGCUUCCAGAGCUGGCCAACCCAGACGAGUUACUGUCAUACCUGGACCCUCCCGACCUCCCCGCCAACAGCAACGACGACCUUCUCUCCCUCUUCGAGAACAACUAGCCCCUCACCUCCCCUAAAAAAAACCCCUCCUGCACCUACAGGAGUCGUGACGUGUUUGACUGUCCGUCCACAGACACCUCACCGACCUCCUAUCGAUACUUCAAGCGGCUUCCUAUGCUCACGCACGCACACACAUACACAGUCUAUCAAGAGAUGAUGUGUGGCAUGGGAGCACAGCUGUAAAGAGGCGCCUGUUUGGGAAUUUCAGUGGAGAAUGCAGGAACGCCGCUCCCUUUUUUCUCCCCACCGCACUCCCCUUUUUGUCCUCGUGUAAAGAUUCCACGCACCAGUUCCACCGCCUCUGACUCGAAACACGCCAUUUACAGCCAUGUUGGCGGGCACUAAAGUGAUAUUAUAUAUAUACAUAUAUGAUAUUUGUGACUUUUAAACUGAAAACUGUGCAGCUAUAAUCAUCAUGUGUAAACAACACGGAGGAGACGGGAGCCGUUGUGGGCUCGAGGUAAAGUGUUGUAGCUUUGUUUGUUUGUUUGUUUGUUUUUUUAUUAUAAUUUUCCUUUUGUGAAAAAAACAACAACAACAGAUGUCUUGUAAGAGUGUUUUUAUCCUAUUUGAAAUGUGUUCUUCCAAAACUUUGGCACACGCCAUGCCCCUUUGACCUCCCCUCAGACUCCUCAGUGUGUGUGUGUGUGUGUGUGUGUGUGUGUGUGACAGUUGAAUAACUGGAACUCAUCAGAAUCAGAGCACUGAAAGGACGAGCUAAAAUGUCCUCGAGUGUCAUCAGAGGAAACGAGCGCACAUUGUGCAAUGUAGUGUGUGUGUGUGUGUGUGUGUGUGUGUGUGUGAGUGUGUCGGUGUGUGUAUAUAUAUGUACAUGUGUGUAUGUUUACGUGUCCUCUUUGGUUUGCCUGCGAGCGUAUGUGAAAGACAGCGGGGGAGGGAAAGUUUGAGACAGAGAAGGGAAGGAAAAUAGUGAAUGAAAGAAAGAUAAAGCAGAGCUGUCUCUACGUUUCCUCCGCCCGGUCGUUCUUGUGUAUUUAUUGUAAAUGUUUCGCUCUUCCUCAUCAAAUUAAGCACCAUUUUGUUCACAAGUGCAUGUGUGCCAAUGGCUCCUGUUGUCUUUGUCCAGCCUAAACGUGCUUGAUCAAAUAAUUUUCUCUCGUCUUUAUAUUUAUUAUUUCAAACUCAUCAGUUUCUUUUUUAAAUUGUCGUCCUUUUUUAUGUGUUUUAUCUUUGUCCCACAUCAUUAAUCAGAAACAUCACCAAAGUUGUCCUAUGGUUUUUAUAAAAGGGGGUCGGGCCUGAGCAGGAUUUCAACAUCCUACAGAAGUUUUUAAAAUCACUGUGUUUUAUAUAGAAACGUCUGUGUGUGAUUACUCCGAUCUUUCCUUUUGUCGUUUUGUUACUGUUGAAUUGCAUCUUUUUUGGGGAAAAAAAACAUCCUGCAUGAUCCAACAGUGUUUCCAGAGCUGUUGUAUAUACCCUUUGUGAAUACUUUGUGACUGUACAGUACUGUACCUAUCUAUUACUGGCAACUACAUGGUACUGUAUGUGUGUCAAGGACUAUACGCACACUCACACACACUCACAAACACACACAGAAUCCCUUAUAACCAGUCCAAUAUUGUAUCCAAUUGAUCCAAAUGCACUCUCACUGGCCUUGUAUCGAGUCCCUGUGUGUUUUCAUCAGUGAAAAGGAAUAUUCAAAUUGCUCAGCAGGCUAGUUUUAAGUUUUUUAUGUGUAAGAAUUGGUCAGCUUUAAAAAAAAUUCUGUCGAAAUGAUUGUUAAGCAGCUUAGAGGUCCAAAUUUCUCCAUAAGUGAUUUAAUAUUAUUGGAACAAGUGACCUCGUCCUCUUUAUUUAAGUGAGAAUGUGCAAAAUGUCCUCUGUUUUGAGUCCUGUCAACGAGCUUUUGAUGACCAUACCUAGCAAAAAUGUGGGAAUUGUGUAUUUUCAUCACACUUUAUAUUGUUUUAAGUUAUUUUUUUGUCCAGUGUUUUUUUAAAGUAUAAUUUGGUUUACACAGUUUUAUGCAGUACAGUCAACGAAUCUAAAAUAUACUGUAUGUUGUCUGAUAAGAGUCCCCCCCAUUUGAGAUUUGUAAUAUGUUUGAAGAACCAAAUAUGGCUUUUACUGAUCGUCAGAAAUUGAUCAAAUCACCUGCAUAUGACACAGUUGAAGGAUCAGAUGUUGUAUGUGUUUGUUUCUAUGUUUGUUAAAGACAAUGCACUGCCGCAUUGGGAUGUUUUAUUUCCCUACACAGUGUGUAACUGUAACUGCAACCUUUCACGAAAUCACGUCUAGUAAUCUGAGCGACACAAAUUGUACUGUCUGAUCGCAGACGCUGGAAAUUGAGGAUUUAAAAGAGAAUGCGAUUAAUAUUGUAAAAUGGAUUUUGGGGGAGACGAGCUCCUAUUUGCAUACAAGGGGAGGUUGUGGCAGAGGGUUGGGGGCGGGGUUUGGGAUGUAAGGGAUUACGUGUAUAUACUGUAAAUGACAAAUAGAGACACGUUAACAGAAAUGUAUUCAUUUUCUCCAGGGGGAGUGUGCAUAGUGUAUUUAGAAUUUGUAAAGCUUGCAUCCUCCUGUCAGACAUUGAAUUGGCAAAAUGAGUCUGUGUUUGAUUGCGUCUGUGCAGACCUCUCUAACCACGCCUGUUCAUUUAUGGAAGAUACUUUAUGUGCCCCUCCACGUUGGGGUCUCCGAGAGAAAAAAAAGACAUUUUUCCUUUGUGUAAUAUUAAACUUCUGUGUAUUUCUCUAUUACCUGUGUACUUUAUAAAGGUGCUACAAAAUUAUUAAAACCUUUUGAGGUAUAAUUGGGACUUGGAGACGUUGAGCUUUUGGUGGCUCUUAAGGGUUGUUUCCAAAUUUACAGUUUGUAAAACACUUUUGUCAAAUUGAUGAUUUUUAUGCAAUUUGGCGAAUAUUAUGCUAUAAAGGUACAAUCUGAAGUGAUUGGCACAACAGGUGGCAGUUGUCUCUUUGGUUUUGUACAUUCUAUGUACAAUCAUUUCAUAUUCUAAACUGGUCAGAAAAACAUUGUGAUUUUUAGUCUUGCAAAUCUGUAUGUAGUUAGAUGACGUGACAUCCUAAUAUUUAUCUAAUAAAUAUGUAUUCAGAUGAAACACAAUUAAUGGCCUUCUGCGUCUUUUGACACACAAAGUGAAACCAGAUUAUUAUAUAUUCCACAAAAAGAUUAAAAAGGUGCCACACAAUCCACAAAACACCUGCAGGAGUAAACUAUAAUUUACAAUUACAAUAAUUUGAAAUCAUUACACAUGUUAAUAGUGUUUACAGGCUGAAAUAGCACAAAAUAACCAACAGGCCUUUUUCACUGAGGGCAUUUUGACGUGUCACAGUAGGAAAACACAGGUGUAAAUGAUGAAAUUAAUUAUGGCUGCUUCAGUUUCAUGGUCCUUGUGCAUGCUGGCAUCGUUAAUUAGCUAUCAGUAACACCUGUGCUGUGUUCCCACAUCAAAAUGUCCGCUGUGAAAAGCUGCAUUUCAACACUUUAAUAAUUUGUUAAAUCGUAAGCUAUUAGUAAAAAGGUCGUUAUGAAAUGUAGAAAAGCAGCAAGUUUAUCCUGGGCUGAAAUAAAUACUGAAAGAAAGAAGAUUAAUUCAAUUACUGUAGCAAAUAAUCAGCUUUUUCUGAUUAACUGGUGAGUCACAGAUUUGUUGUAAAUGAUCCAAGUAGCUUAACCCUUUGAAACCAGAGCAAAUUGGCUUGAUUUCCUUUAAAAACAUGGGAAGAAGGCAAUGAACAAAGAAAGAAGAAAUGACCCCCAAAAUUAGCAAGAAAUUAAUUAAAUUUUAAAAAAAAUAAAUAAAUAAAAAAGAAACAAGUAGAGUUAAAAAAAUAAGUUUAGAAAAAAUAAAAUAAAAAAAGUUUAAAAAAAAAAUAAAAUAAUAUAAAAAAAGGAAAUGACCUGGAAAAUUAGAAUAAUGCUCUAACAUACUUUUAUAAUAAUGAGAAUUAUGAAUAUAGUUUUUGGCUAGUGUAUUUUCCUUUUUUUUUUCCCUAGUUUUUUUUUUUCUUAAACUAUUAUAUGUUUUUCCAAUUUGUGGGACAUAUUUUACCAAGGUUGUCAUUUGUCUUUUUUCACAUAUUCUUUGAAAGAAAUCACACCGAUGUGCUCGGGGUUCAAAGGUUUAAAUACUUGCGAAAGGCGUCUGAAAGCUGCACAAGAAAAGUGAUGUUGCUCCAGGUUUCAAGGGGUUAAAGUGUUCCAGACAAACAAAAGUUUUCUUACUCAUAUUUUAUUUUAGAGUACCUGAGAUCAUUUACUGUCACUAAUAAUACUGAUGAUAAAGUUCCCUCUGGGUUACAACCUUUGCGACACCUAACGAUGGUCAAUAAUUAGGAGCAUCAGCUGAAAAUACUGAUAUCUACAAGAUAAUACACCUCUCUGUGGUUAGAAAUAUUUAAAAGAAUCAUGCAUUUGCAGUUUUAAAAAUCAAGCAAAGCAACAUCAAAGCUAAACUGGACAGAGGAAUAAUAAUGCUGACAAAACAUCAGACAAACAGUUACCGACGCUGUGCCUGGACAGACAUGAAGGCACAAAGGUUUAGCAGAACGGCCCCUUUGGUCAAAUGACUAUUCAAAUUAUAUAUUUGAUCACUGUGAGUAGCAGGAAAACAGCAGUGCAAAUCAGGAUGGAAUAUUCCGCUUCAGUACCCACUCCCUGAAAUGUAAAUAUGACUGGCAGAGACAAGCAUCGUUAUCAGUCAUCCCAAUAAGAGUAGCAGCUGAUUUACUGCCUCAUCCGCAUGGUCAUUUUAUCUUUAUUGUGAAAUUAUAUUAACAAUUUAGUAGAUAAAUAAUAUCACCUGACACUUUGACUUGUCAUAGCAGGAAAAUCACAGGUGAAACUGACAACAUUAACGAUGGCUCAGUUCCAGUAAGUGUCCCAGUAAGCUGUUCCAGGGUGCGUCCCAAAUCACAUACUUUUAGUAGGUACUGCAGCUGCCCUUAAGAAGUAUGUACUGUUGCAUGCAGUAUGCACUCAACCGGGACAUACUACUUUCUCAUAACAUGAUGCCCUGAACUUUGACCCUCUUGCUUUUAUAUCUGUUACCAUGGAGAUAAAACAAACACCACUUACCAAGUUCUCAAGAGACUGCGAUCAACCUGGAGAGCUCUACUGUUGUUACUUUUAAAUGUGUGUAGUUCAACUUUAAAGUUAUAACUGCACAGAUUGCAGAUUCUAAUAUACUAGAUUUGUGACAGAGAAAUUAAUCUGCAGUUCUCCGGCAGUUAUUUUUAUAGUUAUGUCCCAUUUUUGUUUGUAAUAUUUAUGAUUAAUGUGUUCCCUUAAACAAUCUAUAUUCCUAUUAUUACUGUUUGACUGGAACUUGAGUAGAACAUUCUGGUAUUUUUUGGCAUACUGCAUUUCACACACUAUGUUAUGGGACAUACUAAAUCUUUUUUUGGCAUACUAUAUAGUAUGGUAUUAUGAAUAUUGGAACACACAGCCAGUGACUCAUCAUGCAGAAUGCCAGGACCUCCCCAAAGUGGAAUGCAGCCAUCGUUAAUGUGAUUAAAUGCACCUGUGCUUCUCUUGCUAUGACAAGUCAAAAUGUCUGCUGUGAAAAAGAUCUGUCACAUGAAUAAUACACAAAAGAGGCAGCAAAGCGCCAGAACAUAUAGUUCAACAAUAGUUAAAGGUAAUGCUAAUGCUGUAGGAUUCUUUGCCAAACCAUUCUUUAUAGACAUCAACACUGAAAUUGUUCAUAAAUCAAGUUAAAGUUGGGCUUAAAGGUGCAAUAUUGACCUUGGAAACAGCAGUUUAAAUGAAUGAUUCUCAUAUACGGUUCACUUGGAAUUUCAGUAGCUGUCAACCACAUCUCCUGGCCUUCCUCAGUGGAUUUCGGGAGAUAUAUUUGCA